AACAACAUGCCGUAUCUCAGCCUUCUAUAUGCUAUGUAACACUUUCUUCAAAUUUUUGCUUUAGGCUGUGUUUCGGUCAUGAAUUUACAAGAGGAAAGGAAAAAAGAUAAAAUGUGAAGUGAUUCACUUUUUCUUGGUAAAUUCCUCCACAAAUCCACAAUCAAAACACUGUCUUAGAAGACCCACAAUGGACGGAGGAUAAAAGUUCAAAUUUCCACAAGAGAAAGGGCAGUUUCAGACUCUUGUACAAUAUGAUGACAUUUAAACUUCUGCCAACUCAACAAAAAUAAAGCUUUGAUGAAGAAAGAAUAAAAACAAAGAUGAAGAACAUAACCACUGUUGAAAGUUAAUCUUGCACAUGUGAGGUGGGCCUAUGUGUUCUGUUGUUGAGUGACAAAGUGGAGGCUAGGAGUAAAGAGGGAGGUGACAGUAAGGCCAAGUCAGAGAGGUCUUUGAAUUGUAUUUGCGGUGCAUUUACUGUGUGGUUGUGUAGUCAUUAAGUAGCUUGUCAAGUAGUGUAUAAGUUAGUUGUGAGGUAGUGUAUAAAGUAGUGUGCAUGUGUAUUGUAUCAAAGUGUGCGUGGGUGUUCAACUGCUGUAAGAGAGGUAUAGAGAGAGAGAGAGAGUCAUGAAUUCAGUUUGUGAGGUGUGUGAGCCGUAUGGUGAGAUAUAAGUGUGUAAGAGUGAGUUUGUAAUAUUCAGAUUUGUGUACUGAAUCAAUAAAAAUAUUUGUGAGUGCUUUGUGUGUAAUCUCUCCGGGUUUAAACUGUUAAUGAACUCCCACCACCAACAAGUGGUAUCAGAGCCUAACCGGAGAGUUUUUCGUUCACCCGAAUUUUAAGCAGAAUUUGAAGUGAGCAGAAACAAAUUUUUUGAGACCACACGUUCGCUGUGCCCACACAAUUCCACAUCUGUGUCGCAUGUGUCAAAAGGAGGCAGGGGAGGCGCCACGCGCCGGGAGAAGGCUUUGCGUGACCAUCAUUCAUCACCGACGCGCCUUCACGUGCGCACACAUCAUCUCCAGCAGUAGGCGAGAUUUUCAGAGGAUUUCUCGAAGGUUUUUCGCGUUGUUGACGCGAGAAGGAGAGCUGGUCAGAAGCGUAGUUGAGCCGAGACGGAGUCAUUACGCUGAGAAGUUGGUUCCGGGCGAUAAGUUCGUGAGUUCAGCCAAGAAGGAGGGGACCUGUUCGCGCGCGAGGUGACUCAAGGACUGAGCGGACGUGCCAAGACUUGUCGCGUCUAACGUAAAGGGCUGAGCGUCCUUUUUCUGACUUCUAGAUCUGAGAGGGCGAUAGUGCUGCAACCUAAGGGCUGGAUUGCAGUGAAGUGGAAGUUGGAGGAGAGAGAGAAGAAGAUGGCGGCCCAAAAUCCAGCGAUGGCGGCCCAGACACCACGAUUGGGCGGUUACAAUUAUGAGAACUGGAGCAUCCAAAUGAAAGUAUAUUUUGGAUGGCAAGAUUUGUGGGAUGUUGAUCAGGGGUAUUCCGAGCCCACGGAAGAAGAAGAGAUAGCAGCGAUGACAGCACAACAAAGGACGGCACUCAAAGAAGUAAAGAGGAAGGUAGUAAGGCGUUGUUCCAGAUUUAUCGAUCAGUUGACGAAUCACAUUUUGAGAAGAUCUCUGCUGCCACCACCUCUCAAGAAGCCUGGGAAAUCCUUCGAGCUGCACAUCGAGGGGUUGAGAGGACGAUUAACGUUCGACUCCAAGUAUUGCGGGGGGAGUUCGAAAAUUUGGAGAUGGAGAUCAAUGAAUCAAUUUCCUUGUAUUUUACACGGACUUUGAUUGUUGUGAAUCAGUUAAGAUGGUAUGGGGAGCAAAUGGAGGACGUUCGAGUUUUGGAGAAAAUACUUCGGUCUUUGGAUCCGAAAUUCAACAACAUCGUUGGCACUGUUGAGGAGGUGAAGGACCUCAACACCAUGACCGUUGAUGAGUUGUUGGCCACGUUGGAAAUCCACAAGCAAAGGAUCAACAAGAGGUUGUCCACGACGGGGCAGGAGCAGGCCCUGCAAGCAAGGUUCAAGAGUGCCGCAGAGGGAGGACCUUCACAAAAAGGAAGACGUAGAGGAAGAGGACAUGGACGUGGUCAAGCCCGAGGCAGAGGUGGGAGAGGUCUUAUAAGAGGAGGAAGAGGACAAGAUGAAGUUGUGCAGAGAGGAAGAAGGAGAAAUAGAGGAGAAGAGGAAGAGGAAGAGGUAGAGGCGUUGAUAAAAGUCAGGUGCAGUGUUACAGUUGCAAUGAGUAUGGCCAUUACAGUAGGGAGUGUACGGCCGAUGUGGAGUGUUAUGCAUGUGGUGGAUAUGGCCACUACAGUUACGAUUGCACGGAGGAGUAUGGAGAAGUGGAGGAACAAGCCAAUUUAGCGGAGAAGGUUGAAGCGGUAGUGUUUCGAGUAGAUGUGCUUCGAGGCGGAAGGAGUUGUGCUGUGAUGAGAGUUGCAAGAUUAGGGGGGAAUGUUGAAAGUUAAUCUUGCACAUGUGAGGUGGGCCUAUGUGUUCUGUUGUUGCGUGACAAAGUGGAGGCUAGGAGUAAAGAGGGAUGUGAGAGUAAGGCCAAGUCAGAGAGGUCUUUGAAUUGUAUUUGCAGUGCAUUUACUUUGUGUGGUUGUGUAGUCAUUAAGUAGCUUGUCAAGUAGUGUAUAAGUUAGUGUAUAAAGUAGUGUGCAUGUGUAUUGUAUCAAAGUGUGCGUGGGAGUUCAA